AUGUCGGAUUCAAAUGUUCUUGAAAAGUUUUACAAGUAUGUCGAUGAAAACCAGGAUCAUUAUAUUCAAAGGCUGAGAGAAGCUGUAGCUAUUCCAAGCGUAAGCUGUGAUGCUUCGUAUCGCAAGGAUGUAUUCCGCAUGGGAGAUUGGUUAAUUGGAAUAUUUAAAAAGCUUGGGAUUGACUAUAACGUCGAAGAUGUAGGCACCCAUGAAUUGGAUGGUCAGACUCUUGAGUUACCUAAUAUACUUUUAGGCAGCUAUGGUAACGAUCCAAACAAAAAAACUAUUUUAGUAUAUGGACAUUAUGAUGUGCAACCUGCUCUCAAAGAAGACGGAUGGAACACUGAUCCUUGGGAGUUAGUUGAAGACUCGCAAGGUCGUCUUUUUGCUCGUGGAUCUACUGAUGAUAAGGGUCCAAUUAUUGGUUGGUUGAAUGUGAUUGAAGCAUAUCAGAAAUUGGGCUUAGAAUUUCCGGUUAAUCUCAAAAUAUGCUUUGAAGGAAUGGAAGAGAGUGGAUCUGAGGGAUUAGAUGAUUUGAUUAUACGUGAGGCUAAAAGAUAUUUCAAAGAUGUGGAUUGCGUCACUAUCUCUGAUAAUUAUUGGUUAGGCACUACAAAACCAUGUUUAACUUAUGGCUUACGUGGUGUUUCAUAUUUCAAACUUGUGAUUUCUGGUCCCGGACGAGAUCUUCAUUCAGGCGUGUUUGGUGGAACUGUUCACGAACCAAUGACCGAUCUGGCCCAUCUAUUCAGUAAACUGGUAAGACCGGAUGGGCAUAUUCUAAUUCCUGGAAUUUAUGAUGAUGUGGUCGAGUUAGAUGAAACGGAAAGGAAUACAUACAAAACCAUUAGCUUUAAACAUCAAGAACUACAUGACGCUAUUGAUUCCGAUAAUUCGAUUCAUGAAAAUGAGCUGGACACAUUGAUGCACCGCUGGCGACAUCCCUCGCUUUCAUUGCAUGGACUUGAAGGUGCAUUUUCCGCGCCAGGUGCAAAAACCGUAAUUCCCGCAAAAGUUACCGGAAAAUUUUCAAUCCGGACCGUGCCACAUAUGAAUCCUGAUCAAGUUACAAAAUUGACAACUGAUUAUUUGGAAAAAGAGUUUGCCAAACUGUCCAGUAAAAAUAAAAUGAAGGUGGAGUGUAUACAUGCCGGUAAACCAUGGUUGUCCAGUACUGACCAUUGGAAUUACGUCGCGGCUGCUAAGGCGGUCGAAAAGGUGUUUCAUGUCAAACCCGAUUUGACACGAGAAGGUGGUUCCAUACCAGUCACAUUAACUUUUCAAGAAGCGUUAGGAGGCAAAAAUGUUCUGCUUUUGCCGAUGGGACGUGGGGAUGAUGGUGCCCACUCUAUUAACGAAAAACUCGAUCGUUCAAAUUAUAUUAACGGGGUAAAAUUGUUUGGAACAUAUUUACAAGAAAUAGCACAUAUAAAAACGGAAUAA